AUGCUGUCGAGUCAAGUGAAGUUAACAUGGUUCACACUUUGCGUUGUCAUGUUCUUCGCAGCAUUUACUGCAGGGGCUCCAGUAGAGGCGAAAGACGAUCCAGUCAGCGAGUACCUGUGCGACCUCGGUCAUAGACACCCCGGCUCAGGCGCUGCUGGACACAUUGGUACAUUCCACCCGCUCCCCAAACCCCCGUUUCAGCCGCAUAAUCCAGGAAUGCCCAUAGUGCCGUUACCGCGCAAUCCAAUCGCUGUAGCCGCUCAUAGCGAGCACCUUCCGUCCUCGGAACACGCUGCGCCGGACUGGCACACGCUUGUAGAGCCUUGCUCACAUGAAGGAGGGAAGGUCGAAGGGAAAGCGCAGCAAACUUGA